GAAGGAAUAUUUCCAAUGGCAGCAAAAAUUCUCGAACCAUUAGAUUAGAGCCAUGAGCCCAAAUCAAUAAACCCAAUUUUUUCGUAAGAAAUCCCAAAUUGGAACCAAAAAUGCGAGGGUUUUAGUUUUUUCCUCCAAACUCCUAAAACCCUUCCAUUUUCAUUUCUACUUCUACUACACCCACUGCAGAUGGAGUAACCCAACUGCAACAGCCACUGCCUCCAUUUCUCUUCCCCAACGAUGAACCAUCUUCUCCGAAAGAAUUCUCUGUUCUUCACCUCAUCAUGUUCAUCAUCGCAAUCUCGCACGCUUCUGGUUCGAUUUCAACUAUGCGAGUUCUCUUCUUCUCACACUCCGUAUUCUCACUGGAAGCGUCACGACGAAGAGUCACGCAGUGUUAGGGUUUCAGUGUGGUGGGAUUUUGAGAACUGCAACGUGCCUAUUGGUGUUAACGUCUCCAAAGUAGCACCUGCUAUCACUGACGCUGUUAGAGCUAAUGGAAUUAAAGGCCCUGUUCAUAUUACCGCUUUCGGCGAUGUUUAUCAGCUUUCAAGACCCAAUCAGGAGGCACUUGCUUUCACUGGGAUUCAUCUUACACACAUUCCCAACGGUGGAAAGAAUAGUGCUGAUAGAUCUCUUCUUGUUGAUCUUAUGUAUUGGGUUUCCCAAAAUCCUCCGCCCGCACAUCUCUUUCUGAUAUCUGGUGAUAGGGACUUUGCUGGCAUAUUGCACCGAUUAAGAAUGAAUAACUAUAAUAUCUUGCUUGCAAGUCCUGGAAAGGCUCCUGAUGUUCUCCGCAGUGCAGCAACUAUAAUGUGGCAGUGGGCAUCUUUGCUCAAGGGAGAAGAUCUAACUGGAAAACAUUUCAACCACCCUCCCGAUGGUCAGUUUGGUUCUUGGUAUGGAAACUCUAAAGUGCCUCUUGAAAACCCCUUUUCAGCGGCUGAGCAGUUAACAUCUUCACAAAAUGUACACAUUAUGGAAAUCAAUGAACCCUCCUCAGACUUAAAGAUAGGUGGAGGAGUUCCAAAGUCAGUUAUAAGAAAGAUUAAGGAUAUAUUGAGUUUACAUCCAAAAGGCAUCGCCAUUUCAGAACUCCGUGCAGAGCUGAUAAAAUGUGAUGUGUCUUUGGGUAAAAGCAUAUUUGGAUAUAAAAGGCUUUCCCGCUUUCUAUCAUCAAUACCACAUGUACAACUCCGGCAUUUAAGAGAUGGUAACUAUUGUGUGUAUUUGAUCCCCUCAGAGUACCACGAACCUUCUGAAAGCAGCACUGCUUUAUCAACGGUAUCUGCUGUUAAGAAAGAGGAGACGGGCUGUACAACAAUUCCAAAGCUACAAAGCAACGAUAAAGACAUUAAUAGAGACGUGGAUAGGACUCUUUCAACGUCUUCAUUGGAUGAAAGGAUCAUUGAGGAUGAUUCAAAAUCAUCCCAAUCUAUCUCUUUACAAGGAAUACCUAUCAAGGAAGACGUGUCACAUAAAUCAUUUGGCUAUACAACAACUCCAAUGCUACACAGUGAGGAUAAGGACGUGGAUAGAGACGUACGUAGGACUCUCCCGAUGUCUUCAGUGCAUGAAAGGAUCACUGAGGAUGGUUUAAAAUCACUCCAAUCUAUCCCUUCACAAGGAAAACCUAUUGAAGAAGAUGUGUCACAUAAGUCAUCUGUAGGCAGUGAGAAGGUUCUGGAUGUGUCUAAUGCACAAUUGUCAGAGAGUCAACUUUCUUCAAAGGACAAUGAUGUUUACAAAAGUGAGAUUGGUUCCUUUAAAGUGAGAUCUAUAAAGUUUUCUGAUGAUGAAAUUGUUAGGUCUGAGGACGUAAGUCCAAAAGUUCUUGAAAAAUAUACCACUUCAGGGAAACUCUCUGCUGGUACUGAUCACACAAUGAUGGAAAACAAUGAUUUAGUAAAUUGUGAAUCUGGAAAAUCUAUGGCAAAGAACAAACACGAGGAUCAACCUAAAAAGGAGGUUGAUGAUCACAGCCCAUAUUCUUCAGCAGUUGAUGACUCUUUGGUUGACAAAAGACCCGGUGUUCAUCCUGAAACAUACAGCAAAAGAUCAACUUUCUUUAGCUGGAUUAAAAGUUGGUGGCCAUUUCAGAAAAGAAAUGUAAAGGCUGAUGAUUCUACUGCUUAUCAGAACAAGGUGACUAGUAAUUUAGAGAAUUCCAAGUUAUCCGAACUGGACAAGACUGCAAGUAAUCUUGAAGAACCCAAGCCAUUAGAACAACAGCACUAUGUCAGUCAUUCUGGAAAGCACGGGGAUUCCAAGUUACCUGAAUUAGACCAUACUGCCAGUAGUCUUGAAAAGCCUAAGCCAUUAGAAGCACACCAGGAUGUCAUCCAUUCCGGAAAGCCUGAGUUAUUUUCUAGUGGUUCCUUUUGGAAUGACAUGGAAUCUUUUGUUUUCACCCCGAAAGGAUCACUUCUUAUUUCCCAGUCUAGAAGCAGGGAGGAUUUGGCUCAUAAACUACAAAAGCAUGGACCCAUGACUCUCAAGUCUUUUGCUGAAAAUGAUAUUUUUCAAUUGGUGGAACUGUUGAUAGCAGAAAAAAAAUGGCUGGAGGAGUGCCCCUCACAAGCAUUUCCUUUUAGGCUAACUCAAUCAGUUCGGAAGAGCAUGCUGAUGGGCCAGUCUAAUGGUACAAGUGGUUUGAGAUCUCUGUUUCUAAGUAGAACAUCGCAGUCCAACAUGCAAAAGUCAUUUGAACAUGAAGGGGAGAAACACUCUCAGAGUACUCAGCAAACUGGAGUUUCCAGACCUGCAACUGAAACAAAAUAUACUGAGAAGUCUAGAAAUGAUAUAUUACAAGAUUGUCAGAAUCUGGUAUCUGAUGUAUUGAGGGAACACCCAGAGGGAUAUAAUAUAGGCUGUUUUCGAAAACAAUUUGCUGAUAAAUAUGGCUAUCACCUCGACAUCAAAAAGCUUGGUUAUCAGAAGAUGGCAUACCUGAUACAGAUAAUGCCUGGGGUUAAAUUAGAAUCUACUUACAUUUACCCUUCUACUCCUGCAGUUUGUGCUUCUGACUCAGACACUUCUAUCCUCAAAACUCGAGCAACCAAUGCCAGUCAUGAAAACUUCAACUCAUAUAAUGAAUUAUCUGAUACAGCCCCAAAAGAGUAUAACACAGAAUCUCCUUGGGAGGAGUUAGGUCCUGUUUCUCUUAAAAGUCCUAGUCAGAAUGAUCUGGAAUCAAUUUUAACUCAAAAAGCCAUCGAACUGAAUACACAUUACGAACCCAUUGUCUCAGAUUCUGAGUUAUCUGAAUCUGAAGGAGAUAACUCUUGUUUAACUCAAUCAGGAGAUCAAGUAAAGCCAAAAUAUGAUGAGCAAGACAGUUCUUUUUGGCAAGCUCUGGAUUCCUGGCAUAGCAGUAAGGAAGAAGAGAAUAGUGUCAAGAAAUCUGAAAACAUUGAUGUCUUGGGCAAUUCUCUGCUUGACAUCUUAAAUUCAGCCCCAGACCCAAAACAGGGUAUCCACGGUAACGUUUCCAACAAAGAAAAGCAAAGAUCUCAUAAGUAUUCAUUUGUUGUUGACCCAGCCUCACCUGACAAAGACAAGUUUAUUGGUGGGAUAUUAGAUGGUUUGAAGAAAGAGGAUGAGCCCAAGAUGCAUAACUGAGGAUUUUCAUUACUCGAGAUUACACAGACAGAACGAAGUGCUGACCCUUUGUAUCAAGGAAAUGCAGUUUAAGCUUACCAUAGUACUGAUUAAUUAGCAUACAAAUUUCAACUUGGAAUUCUUUCUGUUUGACCAUCUGCUUAUCAUAGCUGGAGGAACAUUUGAGUAUGGUAUUUACGUGCCUUUUUGGUAUGUUACCAUAGUAUGGCGAUGACUGACACUUUGAAAGGAGCAUGUGCCAUACGAUGAGGUAACAACCCAAUUUUUUUCAAGGCCUAUUUCACUAGGUAAUAUGACUUAUGAGCAAUGUUAUGUUUUACCUGCAGUCAAUAAUACCUCGUUUUUUUUUAUAUAUAAAAAGUGUACUUUUUUUUCUUCUUUUAGGCUUAAAUUCACUUUACGCCUUCGAUUUUAAGAUUGAAGUAUGCUAUGUUGCUUUCGUGAAAUUGAACUUGACUUGUAGUUGUGUUAUGUAAAGUGAAGUUGAAUUUUUCAGCCUCAUGGGAUCUCAUAACCUCUUUCAGAGACAAAGAUCACCUACAUGAAAAAUAGUGGAGGAUUUCCACGGUGGUGGUUGGAGAGUUUUGCCAGUGUUGUGACAUCAUAAAAAAUGUUGGAGACAAAAUCCAAAUAUUGUAAAAACUAAUCAAAAGUACGAAUUUAAAAAUUGAAAGACAAUUAAUUUGUCAUUAAUAUGGAGAUUAAAAGUAUGUUCAAGUCUUGUGUACUAUUGAAUUGUUGUUUUAAGAGUGGUUGAAUACCCUUAUUAAUAUUUUA